GGUCAUGUGUGCUGUUUGACCUUUAUUGUUAACAGGUUAAGCAAGGAAUACGCUUUGUUGCCUUGUACUUAAAAAAUGAAGUGGCAGGUUUUAACAGCGACUGAACAACAAACAGUAAUUAUUUUUUGAUUCCUCAAAAUGAUUUCCAGAUUGUGCAUGCAUGCAACUACAUGUAAACAUGUAUACGUGUCCAAUAUUCAAAUACCAGUACAGCCAGACGAGGCCUUGAAAUAUUUACAUAUGGCAGGCCUUGUGCGUGUAUUGUUCAAUAUUUGUACAGGAUUCCAAAUGAGUCAGUUGUGUUAGGUGAUGGUGUUCCUCUAGUGUUAACCCCACAGAUGACGUAAGUGCAUUUGGAUCAAUGUACAUGUACAUGUACAUGUACGUACUUGGAAACUCUCAUUCUCAACACAUGUACAUGGAGAAUCAUCUGGAAAUAAUACAUAUCCAGUGCACGUGAGUAACAAAUGCUGCCUACAAUAAAUGGGAGUUCAUGCAGUGCCUCUACAGCUUGAUUGAGUCUUGAUGUGCUGAAAAUGGAUUCAUACAUGUGUAAAUGUCUCCUUGAGCUGCUGCAGCAUCUUCCUGUGAUUUCCAUGAUGGUUACACUCUUCUGCUUUCAGCAUGUUCAGUGUGACAGCUGUGCUGUGUACGUACAAUCAACAACAGCAGGGAGGAAUACAGCGACUGCAAACGUGGCAAAAGUUUAAAGUGGCACCUUUCUACCUCACUUCGUGGAAUGGUUUACCCAGGAUAAAGAAGAAAUAAAUUAAAUUAAAUUCGUGCAUGUCACUCACUAUUAACCUACGUAUUGCGCACAUGUACAUAUAUACAUGUACUGGUACAUGUACAUAUACAAAAUGGUUCAGUCACAUCAAACCAAGUGCUAGCCGGCUUCUACCGGUACUUGCCUCUGACUGUAAUUGACGCAGAUGGACAAAAUUGUAGUGCUGACACUGCCACAAAGUAAUGAUGAACUCUCCCAAAGGAAAAGUAGGAAAUGAACAGAGGUAUGGUACAUGCACUUGUAUCCGUGAAGAAUGUACAUGGAAGAGUAAUAAUUGAUACAAGUUGGAUGCAUGGGUCUACACUGAAUUGAUUUGGCUAGAUGUUUGGUGGACAUUUAAAUUUGGUUGAUUGUCCAAACUAUGAACCCACUGCAAAUGCAAUCAUAUGAUAACAGAGAUGGCCGGGUCAUAGUUCACUUUCUGGAAGCCUUGUUGAGUGUUUGGACUCUUCUUCGACACCCCCUUAAGCACACAUUACUUGUACAUGUCUGUGGUUGGCGGUAAUGAUCCCAGAUGAACACAAUAUUGCACUGUUAGAGGGAUUACUACAGCCUUUGAAAGCUGAGGAGUUUGGAUUUCUUGGUGCCAGUUUGUGCUCUGCUUCAUAUGACUCUGUUUAUCAGCUGAGGUUUUUGCAGUGGUUAGCAAAGUAUCCAUGAAAAACAGCCAGCCGUUCCACAUACAUGCAGCUAUAAGCUGGUCAGAAUAACUCUCAGCAUUUUCUUUAAAAAGGCCAUUCCAGCCUUGCAUUGAAAUUUCUGUAAAUAGAUGGAACUCAUGCCUGGAAUGCCAUUGUAUCAGGACAAAAGGAUAUUACACACAUUGCUGUGGUUUCAGUCUGAUGCUUGAAGACAGGAAGCUAGUACUACAACCACAGUUUGGAAAGUCACUCAUCCAUCAUUUUCAACAGGCUUCUACAGCACUUGUAGCAGUGUUCAGAUUGCCUGGCUGUGCCAUUGUAAACGUAUGUACCGGUAUGUUGAGAUUGGUUUCUUAAGACUUGGACAGGUACAUUGUCUUGGAGAAACAGAACUUCCUCAGUUGGUGUCACUGGAUGUUUCAUUUGCGCCACGCACCAGGACCAGUUCAUGACCACAACAUGUGAAUGGAGAGCAACUCUGCAUACAAUCCAGCAAAAUUUUAUGUGAACUUGAAGAGAAAACAGUGGCAACUGUUACUUUCCACCUACUGGUACCGGUACAUGUGCAUGCACUCGGUUUGUUAAGCUUGGUUACGAAAAAUACCGGUAGAUUUGUCCCACAGUCACAGUCACAGGAUUAGAUUGCCACAGAAGAGAGCAGUUGUUGAAACAAUCAUCGCAGAGCGGAAUUUCUCUUCGUCAGCUUUUUGACACUGUCCAGCAAACUUUCAUUCAACGGUGAAGCAGCACUUAAUUUAAAAAAAUAUCAUUCAAGGUAUUUUCACAUCGCUUGUUACUUUUUGUCUGCAUUUUUUAUACAAAGUGAGUAGGCCUUGUAGACCUGAUUAAUUUCAGUGGAUUCUGUAUAGCCUUUUGGACAAUAUCAAAUUCCCAACCAUGAAUCAUCUGAGUAGGAAGAAGGCAUCGCACACCCCAACCAGUAACAAGCCCAGGCCACAGUCCACCUCAGACACUGACCCUCAGGCUUCAGCUAGUGCUGAUGAAAAGCUGCUCUACAUUAAUGAGAGCCUUCAGUCCUUCGUUGCAGAAGAGGAAGGCUAUGGCUCAGUGGAUGAGCGUGAACUAACUGAUGAUUACAAAUCACCGCUGGAGGGGGCACCGAGUUAUCACUCAUAUCUCAGCAUCGUUCCUGACUAUGGAGUUGAUGAGGAUGAUGGGGGCGGAGUUUAUCCAAAAUCAGAAGAGCCCCUGUCCUCCCCAGACUCAACACCGCUGUACGAUAACACACCGGCCAGCACCCCUAGCGACUUGCCAAGCCCUGGGGUCGAGAUUGAAAGGGAUGAAGUGGAACGGGAGAGACUGCGAUCAGAACUGGCUGAGGUUGAGAGUGACAUCCUGACACUAAGGCAGACUCUACGAGCCAAGGAGACCCACGCCAAGGAGAUCAAACGAAAGCUGGGCAUAACUCCUAUCAACCAGAUGAAGGAAGACUUCAAACAUGGCUGGCAAAAUUUCCAGCAAUCCAAUGCAUAUGUCUCCACGAGCACAAAACUCGCAGAGUGGAAUGAGAAAGUUACGACAUCUGAAGUGUUCAACAAGACAAAGUCGGGACUUGCCACUGCAGGACAGAAGACCACCUCAGCGUUUAACACCUUAGGCUCGGCUGUUUCUAAGAAGCUUGGAGAUAUGAGAGAAUCCAACACCUUCAAAUCAUUUGAGGAAAAGGUGUCGUCUGCGACAAACACAAUCAAGACCAAGGUAACGGGAAGCAAGACGCAAGAAUCCAGCUUUGAAGAGGUUCUCCAGAGCACAGCCAGUGCAGAGCAGCAGCAGGAUUCCCACACCAAGACAGCCCUGCUCCCGGAGGAGAAGGUUCCCUUGUAGGCUCUGAUCAUCACCGCUCUGUGUCUGUCUGUCAAAGCAGUUUGUCUGUCUGUCAGCUUCAGCCUAGAUACUUAAAAAAAAAACCUGUCUGAGCUGAUAUUAAGAAUGGAAUUGUGGAGAGGAGGCUUGGGGUAGGGCCAGUGAGAGAAAGGGGGAUUUUUGUUGGGGUUGUCAAAGAGCAUGGGGAUUGGUUAUACACCUUCAGAGCCCACAUUCAGGAUAUCCUAGGUUGUGUCACACACCUUCUGGUCCAGCAGCCAGGAUAUCCCUAGUUGUGUCAGGCAUCUUCAGAUCCUGUGCCGAGGAUAUCCCAGGUUGUCACACACCUUCAGAUCUUACACUCAAAAUAUCCCAGUUUGUGACACACCUUCAGAUCUUGCACCCAGGAUAUCCCAGUUCAUGACACACCUUCAGAUCCUGUACCCAGAAUAUCCCAGGUUGUGUCACACACCUUCAGAUCCUGUACCCAGAAUAUCCCAAUUCGUCAGUUUUUGACACGCCUUCAGAUCCUGUACUCAGAAUAUCCCAG